GAAACGUACUCCUGACAGCUAUUGCAUGUACGUUCAAUAAAAAAGUAUAAGCCUUCAAAUUUUUAAUUAAAAUAUCAUAAAUAUGACAAACUACUCAGAGGAUCAGUUGGCUGAAUUUCAAGAAGCUUUCAACUUGUUCGACAAUCGUGGCGAUGGAAAAAUUCAGCAACAACAAAUCGGUGAAUGUCUUCGCGCGUUAGGUCAAAAUCCGACUGAAUCUGAUGUGAAAAAGUUCACACAUCAACUGAAACCUGAUGAGAGAAUAUCUUUCGAAGUGUUCUUGCCUAUUUAUCAGGCAAUUUCAAAGCAACGUUCAGGUGACACCGCAGAUGAUUUCAUCGAAGGGUUGCGUCACUUUGAUAAGGAUGCGUCAGGUUUCAUUUCAUCAGCGGAACUUAGACACUUAUUGACCACUCUUGGUGAGAAGUUAAGCGACGAAGAGGUGGAACAGUUGCUGAACAAUCAAGAAGAUUCACAAGGCAACGUAAAUUAUGAAGAAUUUGUUAAAUUGGUCAUGAAUGGUUAAUUAUCGUCUUGAAUAAUUUUGUAACAUAAGUUAUUUCAACUUUCUUUUUUACAAGUAAAUUUCAAUUAUUUUCCGAUAACUUGAGAUAAAUAAUUUCUAGAUUUCAUCGUAUUUAACCGAAGACCACAUUUAUAUAUUUUUUUAUUUUCAUUCUUCGCCAUUUCAAUAAAUCAUAAUUUUAAUUUCAAUAUUCAUUAAUUUUUUUAUUAUUUCGAAAUAUAAAAACUUAAUCGAUAUGACGCGAAAUAAGAGAUUAAAAAUAAUAUUUGGAGAUACUCCCACGUUUUUACCAAUUUUGUAAUAAUUAUACGAACAUUUGCAAUCAUCAGAUUAAGUGGAAAUAAAGGAAAUAUUAAAAUUGACUUUAA